AUGGAAUUGAUUUUCCUCGGUACCGGAUCAAAUAAUCCAAGCCCACAUCGUGGUGCAUCAAGUCUUGCUUUACGUGUAAGUGGAACAAGUAAUGUUUAUUUAUUUGAUUGUGGUGAAGGUACACAAAUUCAAAUUCAACGUUCAUCACUUCGUGCAUCACGUAUAACAAAAAUAUUUAUUACUCAUCUUCAUGGUGAUCAUUUAUUUGGUUUACCAGGAUUUUUAUGUACACUUUCAUCGAGUGUAUUAACAUCACCUGUUAUGAUCUAUGGACCACUUGGUCUAAGGGAAUUUAUUGAAACAACAUUAAGAUUAUCAUAUUCAUGGUUAUCAUUUAAAUAUGAAAUUGUUGAAUUAAUACCAAAUGCAUAUGAUGGUGUAGAUGAAAAUUUAAUAAAAACAACAAUUGAUAAACAAGAAAAAAGUGAAAAAUGUCGAACAGUAACUAUGAAUGAAGAUGGAAGAUAUCAUUUAAUAGCUAAUGACGAUAAUUGUGCAGUUUAUGCAAUUUCUAUUAAACAUCGUGUACCAACUUAUGGUUAUAUUAUAAUCGAAAACGAUCUUCCAGGAAAAUUUGAUAUUCAAAAACUUCAACAAUCAGGUAUUAAACCAGGUCCAUUCUGUUCUCGUUUGAAAGCUGGUGAAAGUGUAACUCUUGAUGAUGGUCGAGUUCUAUCACCUCUUGAUUAUGUUGGUCCUUCCCGGACAGGUCGUCGUCUUGUUAUCUUAGGUGAUUGUUGUGAUGCAUCAAAUAUUAUUCCACAUGCUCAGAACUGUGAUGUUCUUGUUCAUGAAUGUACACAUGAUAAUACUCUUCGGGAGAAAGCUAUUGAAUUUGGUCAUUCAACACCAUUAAUGGCUACAACAUUAGCAGAAAAAUGUAAUGCUAAAUGUUUAUUAUUAAAUCAUUUUAGUCAACGUUAUAAGUCGAAAUCCAUAGAAAAUAAAGAAAAUGUUGUGAAAAAAUCCAAGAAAGAACAAGGAGGAGCGGAAGCCGGUGAAAAUGAAGACGAAGAUGAUGAUGAUGUAACCGUUGAUCUUCUUUUAGAACAAGCUAAGCAAUCAACUACUAAACCAGUUUUUAUUGCUGAUGAUUUUUUUACUUAUACUAUUCCAUUAUCAAAAUAA